UGACUGGUUGUUGGGGGGCGACUAUCGUCGUUUCCCGCCAGGCUGCCAGCAGGCCAAUUCAUUCCGGCCGUGAAGUGGCUGGCUGAUCGGGGGUCAGUGAGCGCUGAGCGGCGAUGCUGCCAACCCAUGAAACUCGCCGGGAGAGGUCGGAGUUGCUCAAUAGACCGCGGACAGCGGUCCAGCGAGGUUGUAGUGUUGGAGGCAGCUGCGCGCGUGACGUGACGUGACGUGACGUGUGUCCUCGCUGCUGCGUCAACUCCAUGGCUCUCUCCAGGACAGGCCUGGCGGCGGCCUGCUGGCUGCUGGUCGCGUGGCUGGCGCCCGGCCAGCCGGCGCUGCGCGAGCUGUACCGCUGGAAGCAGGUGGACCUGCUGUACCCCAGCCGGGCGGCGCGCGCCGCCGCCGAGGCCUCGGGCGAGCUGGUGCCCGGGAACAACCUGCCCCUGGGGCUGGAGGUGUGGCGGGACCGCGUGUUCGUGACGCUGCCCCGGUGGAAGCCCGGGGUGCCAGCCACGCUGGCCUACGUGCCCCGCUCCGGGGAGGGCCCCUCGCCCUUGCUGCGCGCCUGGCCCGACUGGGACAGCCAGAACUCCAGCGACUGCCGCGGGCUCACCUCCGUGUUCCGCGUGGCCGCCGACCCGUGCGGGCGCCUCUGGGUGCUGGACUCAGGGCUCGUGGACAUAGCCACGGGCAGCCCGGAGCAGCGCUGCCCCCCGCAGCUCCUCGUCUUCGACCUGGACGACGACUCCCUCGUGCACAGGUACGAGCUCCCCGCGGACCAGGUCCUCGACGGCUCGCUGUUCGCCACGCUGGCCGUCGACGUGCGAGGCGGUCGCUGCGACGACGCCCAUGCGUACCUCGCCGACGUGGCGCGCUACGGGCUGGUGGUGUACCGCCUGCGCGACGACACCUCGUGGCGCGUCAGCCACCCCUUCUUCUACCCCGACCCGGCGUCCUGCCGCUUCGAGCUGCACGGCGUCGUCUUCCGCUGGACGGACGGCGUGUUCGGGCUGAGCCUGUCCCCCGAGAAGGCCCCGGACGGCGACCGGACGCUCUACUUCCACCCCAUGUCCGGCGACAAGGAGUACGCCGUGCCGACGUCCGUGCUGAGGAAUCGGACGGCGGCGGAGGACGACGCCGGCGCCGACGCCUUCGUGCGGCUCGGGGAGCCGAGGUAUCCGAGCAGGGCCCAGGCCUCCGCCUCGGCCAUGGACCGGCGCGGGGUCAUGUUCUACAACCUGGUGACCCGGGACGCCGUGGGCUGCUGGAACUCGGGCCAGCCCCGGGGCCACGUCCCGGACCUGCAGGGCGUGGCGGCGGCCGACGCAGAGACGCUGCGGUUCCCUAACGACCUCAAGGUGGACCAGGAGGAGCGGCAGUCCGUGUGGGUGCUGAGCGACCGCCUGCCCGGCUACCUGUACGGGCGCCUCGACCCGGGCGACUUCAACUUCCGCGUGCUGACGGGCUUCGCGGACGAGCUGACCCGGGGCACCGUCUGCGACCCGGACCACGUGGACGCGGGGCCGCCCGACGUGGGCAACCGCCUGGGCUGCCCUGCGUGAGGGCUCGGCCCCCCCCGCGCCGCUGCUUUACAACUUCAAUAAUUGUGUACAUAAAUGUAUUUUGUUUCAUUUUUGGAAACUUGUCGCAUUUUAAAGUGGGCUUAAUUGAUUUUUCAAUAUUAAGAUAAUAAAAAGUACCUUAUACAUGUAUUUAACUAAUAUUAUGAAUAUAAUAAUAUUAAUAAUUAUUAACCUCAA